AUGGAAUCAAAUGCCGUCAAGACAGACGACACUUCUGAAGAGGCGAGGGCACUGCCAUUGGCCCUCUUUGCCAUGGAACACAACAGCAAGAAGCGGCUGCUGUUCGACGUUUCCAGCGGAAACAUCCGGGGGAUAACCAGCGCGCUAUUUCCAGAUGCCUCUGUCGAAUUCGAGAGCUGUGGCUGGCUUCUCAUGGUCCGGCACAAGCCAUUCCACUUCCAAGAGCAGGUCGUCUUCCUAGUCCACCCUAGCACCGGCAGGCGGAUCGACAUGCCGGUGCUUCGCUCCCCCGACAAGUGCUACUUCGUUUUCUACGCUGAUCCUCGUCGUGGAAGUGGAGCUCCCCUGGUCGUUGCGUGCAUCCAGAUCAUGAGUGUCGUUCCGACUGUCCAUGUCGCGUGCCCUGGAGACGUGUACUGGUGCGUCCACAAGCAUACCUGCCAACUGCACCUGUCGGAAGCAAUGUGCAGAUCCUUCCACAACACUUUGAUCAUGGACGUGGCACUGGUCGGGACACAGGCCGUCUGCGCCGAGUUUCUCGGCCAGAUCCUGGUCUUCGACAUCACAGAAAUGACCUGGAGGGCGGCCUCUUGUCCAGAGUGGAGCAUACAAGACACCCACUACCUUGUUGCGUCCAUUGGGAAAGUUGUGAUUGUAUCGUGUCCCCGUGCGAGUGCUUUCAAGUUCUUACAGCUGGACAUGGAAGCGCUGGCGUGGUCGCCCCUCCAUGACCAGGAGCUUGAGGACACCAGCUGGUUUCUUUCCAAGGGCCAGUCCAUCCGUGUGAAGGAGGAAGGCAGGAGGAAAGUCUACACUUUCCAUCCAAGAGGACGUGGUAACUUGGAGACAGAGAGCUCGGAUGGAUGGACAAUAACAUCAGGGCCUGCCACAUUGAAGACCAUCACGAAUAUUUAUGCAUAUGAUUUAGUUGCUGGGACUAUCGAAACGGUUAUACCAGCGUCGAUCGUCACGGAAGUGAGCUGCUGGGUUCGGCCUAGUACAUUCGCUACUCCAAGAUAA